UUAGCGAGAGAGAGAGGAGUGCGCAGGCGCGGGGCAGGGAGUGCCAGGCGCCACUCUGCGGACCCAGGCUGCGUCUCCCUCUACCACUCCCAAAUACAAUAUUCCCCGUCCCUGUCAUAAGGUCGUAUGGGAGCAGUUUGACGAGACGAGUGUUGGCGUGUGUUGUUCUGUAGACUCUUGACUGUUUAACCAAGUGUGAGGUGAGAAAUUUAGAGAUCGUGGAGUUGGUGCAGGAACGCGGUCUCCGAGCUGGGAGAUUUGUAAACAAAUCGUGCAAUGGAUAUGACACAAGAUCAGGAUCGGCGUGUUAAAACACUGCGCCGAGAGCUGGAAGGGUGGCGCGAGGUGCUGUGUUCUGUGCACUCACUACUCAUAUGGGAAAAACAUUACUAUCCAUUCAUAUCUAUCUCAACAGUCACAACGCUGUUUCUUGCAAUCUGGUACAUAGAGCCUUCAAUGCUGACAUUACUCUCUGUGUUGGGAAUCACAGUAACACUCUGUGACUAUUUAGUGCCACAGAUUGUGCCUUGGAUAGUAGGAGCACACUAUUGGACGGGGGCUCAUGAGCGCAACUAUGAGCAGAUCAUUACCUCCAUAGCUUCCCUCUGUGGCUUGGCUUCAUACAUCUCAAAUACUCUUACGUCAAUGAAGGAAUCGAAACCAAGGACAUACUUUGUGAUGGUAACAGGCAGUUUGCUUCUGUGUGCUUGGGUAGGGAACACAAUCAACAACCUGCUGCUUACCUACCUUAUUGUGGUGGGAAUUGUCUUGCUUCCUGGUUUGAAGCGUCAUGGAAUCAUACAGAAAUACUUCUCAACAGCUAUCAGUGUCAUUGCUAAUUUUAUGAAGAGUUCAGUUUUGACUGGACAGGGAGGCAGUUCUGCCACUGAAGAUGCUUCCAAGAAAAAGGAAUGAGAUUUAUGACCAAGAAUGACCAUUAAGAAGCCGCUGAAUUGUGUUCCAAAGGUCUUCAUACAUUUAAUACAUUUCUGUUAAUAUAUGAUUAUUUGAAAGCUUGAAAAUUAUGUAGGUAAAAAAAAAAUACCGUACAGAAUUUUGUUUUAAGCUUAGAUUUACUAGUUAGGAUGCCAGAAACUAAAGUAAAUAAAGAAUAAAAGAUUAUAUAUAUAUAUAUAUAUAUAUAUAUAUAUAUAUAUAUAUAUAUAUAUAUAUAUAUAUAUAUAUAUAUAUAUAUAUAUAUAUAUAUAAUAAAUAUAUAAAAUGCUGAAAAUCCACAGUGAAAUAGAAAAGAAAGAUGAACGUUUUGGCUGGUCAGGCCCGUUGCCAACACCAGACUGAUCAGUCCGAUGUUGACAACGAAAUACUAUGGAAAGAACACCGAUCAGUCCGGUGUUGGCAAUGGCCCUGAUCGGCCGAAACGUUCAUCUUUCUUUUCCAUUUCUUUGUGGAUUUUAUCUAUCUAUGUGGAUCUAUCUAUCUAUCACUGAACAUUUUAAUAUUUUCUUCUGGUACCACCUCUAUUCUUUUUUAAUAUGAGUAAAGAAGUAGCACAGCUGCCAAAUGAGAACAUCUGCCUUGUACAAUAUGUUCCUUAGUAAUGAGGCCCACAAUCAAUUCCAAUUUGCAAGCCACUUAAUUUAUUUUGAAGUAAUUUAAUGAAGGUAGAAUUUGUUAAAUGGUAUAUUUUACUAUAUAAUGCAGUCGUGUUAUUGAGUGACAGACUGCGGUACAUUUAUAGGUGUAUUGCAAAAUAAAAUGUAAAAAACUUAAUCACAAUUUAUGAGCUAUUGAAGAUUCUGAAAUAAGUUUUAUCUCUAUUGUAUUUGUCUGGUAAGCUGUAUGCCUUGUAACACUUGUUUAAACUAGUAAUUAUAAGAUUACCUCAUAAUGAGGACACAAAGUACAUCACCAAAAAUACUUACAUGCUUUGAUGGCUGGGUCUGCCUAACAGAUGUGAGUUGAUAGAAUACUAGUACAGUACUCGUAUUUAACAGACGUGUGCAGCAAUCAAAGGGGUAUUCCUGUAUAACAGUAUUAUAGAGAGCAGCAAAAGAAUAAUAACAUUUAUUUUAUUAUUUCCAUGGAAGUGUGGAUGACAAUUUAUAUGACGUGGAUGUGGAUCACUAAUUCCUCUGAGCUUCAGUAGUAGUCAGGGAAAGGUAAAAAUUCCAUUUUGACAGCAUAGAUGCUGCUUCUGGAAACACUCCUUAUUAAUACCUGUACUACUCAAUAGCUCGGUCGAGAGAGCUUCGGCCUCACACGUGUGGGAUCCGCGGUUCGAGUCUCCUAGAGCCCAGGUGAAUGGAAGGGAAUAACAUUUGCGUAUUAUUCAAGCAAUGCUGCUAAACAAAAUUGUUACCAAAUAGGCAUUACUGGUAUGUAUCAUUACAUUCUCCUUCUAAUGCUACUUUGUUUUAGCUUUGGUUGCCAAACCUAGGCUUGGUGUCUUCUCUUUAUAAUUAAUUAUGUUUGUUGCCAAAUUAUUUGUAUGCCUCUUUCCUGGUAAUACUCUAGAAAUGUUUUAUAUUGUCUCUGAGACGUGGAGCUUUUUGUGUUGCAGCUUUUACUCGUCUUGCACUUCACCUCGACUUCUAUAAUGUUUUCCAAAUUCAGUAGCUUUAAUUUUUAGGAGGACAUAUUGUUAUUUUUAAUAUUUAAAGUUUCUCUGGAAGGUUAUCAUAAUAACCAGUACUUGAAUUUAUACUUGGGUAACUGAAUAUUUCUCUAAUUCUGGACAUGUUACCAUUAUGGCUCAAAUUGAGUUGCACUUAAUAAUUAUUUGAUCAUAAUAUUGUAUCUUUAAAGCUGCCCUCAAAGUGCCAACUUUUUAGGUGGAAGGACAGGUCACUUAAAAAAAAAAUACUUGAGGAAUACAGGAUUUGACCACAUCUUUAUAGUUAUUAAACCCUUUACAUAUUAGCCUUGUGUAGAAAAUGUGCUGCAUUUCAAUGAGAACCAGUUCAAGCAGGAACUCAGGAAAGAAUUGCCCAAAUGUUUGGCAGAAUAAAAUAACACUAGUCACCAUUUGUUUACUAUAUACAAAUGUUUUGGGUUCUUAAUUCUAAUGUCAGGUAAUCAUGUUGUCUUUUUGCGCAUAUAUCAGCCUUCGAAAUUAUGGAAUUUAUCACUUAAAAUAGGUGCAAGUUUACAAAACUAUUAUAGCUCUAGUAAAUGAUUCAAGGAACAUUUUGUUUGGCCAAAUUUGGCUGUUUAUCACUAACAGGCAACAUUGUCUGAAUUGUAUAUUAUUAUUAUUUUUUAUUGUUUUAUAACCUUUAUGAAAUAAAUUUGUAAUGCAAUCUAAAAAAUAUAUAGUAUAUAUCUGAAUUUGUUAUUCCAAUACUAACUGCUAUUUUCCCAAAGUUUCUUAUUAAUUACUUAUCUUUUGGUAUAUCUUUGUGCUGUAUAUCUAGCCCAUCAAUAGUUCCUUAUUGUUUUGUAUUUGUAUAUACUGUACUUCCCAUCAGUAAAUCCUACUUUGUUUGUCUGUAUAUCCUCCCCUUCAGUAGUUCCUUCAUGGCUUGUCUCUACAGUAUAUGUUACCCAUCAGUAGGCCUUUCAUGGUUUGCUUGUACACCUUCCCCUCAGUAGUUUGUUCCUUGUUGGUUUUUGUCUGUAUAUCCUUCCUGUUUUGAAUUCCUUUUAGGAUUUUAUUUGCUGCUCAUUUUUGUAAUUUUUUUUUUAUUCUAUUGUUUUGUUUUUAAGGUUUUUGCCAAGCCUUUGUCAGUGUUGUAAUGAUUCACGUUAUUACAACACUUUCUGAAGCCAUCGAUGCUUCAGUGGCUAAGGCACAUUUGUAUUCAUACACAUAUACAAAUGUGUACAUUCUACAGGCACACAAAUAUUCAUGUUUACAUACAGACAUGUUCCCUCACUUGUGGAAUGAACUAAACUGAUGAAUCUAAGUUAACUUUCCUGGCAAAAUAGUUGUCACUGAUGGCAGGAAAACUUUCAAGCUCCUCAGUUAUAUCAUUUAGUUUGUUUGGUUUAUUAUGAACAUUAUCAUUGGUGUACUAAAAAAGUUGAAACUUCAAAGACACUUAACUGCCUCAGUAGUAGGCAGAGUAUUACAACAUGCCCAAGUGCUUAUUAAGUUAUGGUAUUAUAGUGGACAUGUCGUACUAUUUUUCUUCUUAAUAUACAUGCAUAUCAGUUUUGUGCAACAAAUUAAGGGUUUCACUGUGGGAAUAGUUAGAACUUGUGUUUAAUAUUGCUUCAGUUCGAUAAAAUGCCAUAUUCUGAGAUGUCGAUUCAUGCUUACUGAUAUAGCUUGACGAUAUCUUUGGGACCAUUUAUAGUUUUGCCUAAAACUACUUUUUUUUUUUUUUUAGUUUCAGUAGUAAUGCUUAUUAUAUACCUCAACAAAUAUUAGAGUAGAUCUUUCACUCUGAGCAUUAGCUGAAAAUGUUUAUGUAUGACUGACUUUUUGUAUAUAAAAGCAUUAGAGUAAAAUUAAAUAACCAUGAAAAGAUAUAAAGAGCAAAAAUUAAGAAAUGUUAAUUAGAAAACUAUUAGUCAAUACAGUAAUAGGGUAUUACAGAGGCUGGACAAAUAGUGGGCCACCAAGUGGAGUGUGUGUUAUAUAAACAAAUUAUGCUAUAGUAGGCCAUCCUUUUCAGUCUGGUCUAUGACUUCCAUUACAAUUUUUUGCUAUAAUAGUUGUGUAACUCCUCAUAGAAUUUCCUAGUUUCCAGGAUGGUCGGAAACUUUAAAUUCUCGGCAAAUCGGUUUUUUGCCAUUUAUCUUCUCUCUUUACUCUGGUAUUGGCAUUGUGAAUGAUAUCUAGCAGCUUCUUAAUAUUCUGUGCUGCAGGUAGUGCUUUAUAGUCUUCUGGGCUUCACACUUUCUUUUGAUAAUUACCUAUUAUUUUAAUUCCUUGCCCCACAAUUUAUACAAUAUUGUGUUUAGUUGUCUAUGGAGAGCAAGAUUUAUCUCUAGAGCCGCGCCUAGAAAAAAAAGAUCUAUUACAUCUGAUGCAUUUAUACCUGACAUUCCAGUACUGUCAUACUUGCUCUUGGAACUGUCAAUGGUGGUUGCUUCCACCACCUCUAGCUAAUAUUCCUUGUAUUUGUUUGCUCUCACUACAUGAGUAUUUCCUUCCAUUUCUCUGGCUCAUCAUUGUUUCCACCUUUCAUCUGUGACCUCUCAUUUUGUUGAUCCUCACUUAAUCCUAAUGUCAUUUGUUUUAGCUUCCAUAUUUCAAGUUCAAAUUCAAAAACUUUAUUCAUAAAUGUUUGUGGUACAGUAUAUCAUUGAACUCUGUCAAUUUGUUUGAGCUUUACCAAGUGUUGAUUCAAUGCUGGCGAAUUCUAGGAAUAAUAUAAUGUAUGCGAUGUAUUUUGAAGAAUUCCUUGCUUAAGCUCUUGCAAACCAUUAUCAUAUUUUCUAGUUUUUUCUUAUGUUGCUUAUGUGCUUCUGAUGUUACAUAUACUGUACUUCCAGGUUUUGUAUAUUGUUACAGUUGUCUCCUUUUAUAUACUAAUCUGUCCUUCAAGUCUCUUCUCCUAAAACUCUUUACUUUGCAUUUGAUGAAAUUAAGCUCCAGCAACCAUUUGUUAGAUAUACCUGCUUGGACCCAUAGUAUUGUGCAGACUUUGGUUCUUAGCAUUCUCGUUAAUUUUGUGUGGUCUGCAAACUUGAUUAUUGUUUCAUCCCUACCUCUGGAAAAUCAGUUACAUAAAUCAGGAACUGUAGGACCCCAUUUGCCACUUAAUUAAGACUAACCUGACACCACAACUGAGCGUUUCCUGUUUGUCAGGUAUACUGUAAUCUAAUCUAGUAUUUUCCCAGUUAACCUAGAAUGUUCUUCCAACUAACAAAUUAGUCUUGUGGGGAACAGUGUCAAAGGCUUAUGGCAAUCUUGGAAGAUGCAAGUCACCUAUCCUCCUUGAUCCUGUACCUUUAUGACCAUGUAGAACUCAAAAUCAAGUUUGUCAAGAAUAUCAUAUUCUUCUGAAGCCAUGCCCUCUUUCUGAUUAUCAUCUUCACCAUUUUACAAGAGAUGCAUGUCAGUGACACUAGUUUCAUGCCACACUUUUUGUUUAUUUUCUUGAGUAAGAAAAGACACAUUAGUAGUCUUCUAGGUUUUCAGACCUUCACUGUGUGUGUUGUCUGUUGAGCCCUUGGUUAGACUUGCUCUUUCCUACUUUGUCUUUGAAUGUUAUAUAUUUUUCUAUCUAGUCAAUCUCAUUUCUUCUUCCCUCAAGCUUUUUCUCUCUACCAUAUGGAGGAAGUCUCUUGCUGUCUAUAGUUGCAUUCCAGGCAUAUUUUACAUUCUGGUUUCCUUCAGCUCAAUUAUGUAGUCAUUCAUUCAUUUAUCAGUGGUGAUUGACACCAAGUAGCAUCUUCUCAAUAUCUACCUUACUUGAGGUAAACAUCAUGGUCUAACUUUGCCAGUUCAUCCUCACCCAUUCCCCAUGUUGUCUGCAUCUGUUCUGCUUCAGAAAGUACAUAUUUGGAGUUUCCACUAAUUUGGUCCUGUGUUUUGUUCUCUAUAUAGGGUAAUCCCUAAUUGCCCACUCAGUGUUCCUGUACUUGAAAUUGUCUAGUAGUAGCAGCUUUAGUCUUGUUUCACUUCCUUCUUUGCUUUGUUUUUCUUGCGGGUGUCUCUCAUCACAAGUUAUGAGUGACUUCAAAAUGAAAACUCUUAACUCUGCUCUAAUGUGUCUUCUUAUUUGUCGCCACUCGGUAGCACUUUCUACCUCUCCUGCCAGUUUUCUCUGGAAUGGUUAGUCUAUGUCAUGCUGCUGUGCCACUGUCAUGCUGCUACGCCACUGUAUACACACUUGUGCUAAUACGGCAGUUUGCUUGCCUAGCAACAUUCUCCGUAUUUUUUGAACAUUUUAUAUUCUACCUUUUGUAAUGCAACUUUUUUAUAUUUAUUUACAUUAUUUUGUUGGGACUCCAAGCAUUUUCCUAACAUUUUGACAGUAAUUUGAUUAAGUUCUCUGGUGCAUGCAGCUGGAGCUCGUGCAUAUAUACACACAUACACAAUUAUUAGCCCUUUUUCUAUAAUGACUUUUCGUUUGGUAGCUUUUGGAUCGUCAUUAUGUCUAGCAUACAUUUUGUACUGUAAUGUAUGUGAAUGUGAUAUACUGAAUAGCUGUUUCAGUUAUCAUAAAAUUACUGGUAUACAUUGUGAUUUGUAUAAUUUAUAAGCUUGCACCUGUUGUUUUAAACUGAACAAAUAUUAUAAAUGUUUAAAUAUUACUAAAUUUUAUUGGUUUUCAAUGCUUUAACAGACUCUGCUUAUAAUAACAAAAAUAUGAAAAUAUGGAAAAAAAAUUUAAUUGGUGUACUGUACAGUAUUUUGCUUAAGGUAUAUAAAUUAAACAUGCACAUCAAGAUUACUGUAGAAUUUGUAGUAUUAUUAGCACUUAACCCCACAUUACUUAACAUGUGCCCAACUGAUUCCUGCAGAUGCUACAUGAUGAUUGCUUUGCUUUGAAUUUAUUAUAAUCAUCUGAUGUGCGGUAACUCUUACUCUAUGACUCUGACGAUAACUUGUAAUGGCCGGCCAACAUCACUGACCUUGAUAUAGCAACGAUGGCACACAUUGAUACUACUAAUUAAUUUGGAUGAUGUUGACCAAACCACACACUAGAAUGUGAAGGGACAACGGCGCUUCGGUCCGUCCUGAACCAAUCUCAAGUCGAUUGUGAGAAUCAUCCAGAACGACUUGAGAAUGGUCCACGACAGACCGAAAUGUUGUCGUCUCUUCACUUUCUAGUGUGUGGUUUGGUCAACAUAUUUCAGCCACGUUAUUGUGACUUCUCGUCUGCAUUUGGAUGAUGUUCAGCGAUUAUAUUGUUAUUAAAAUUGUAGCAUCAUACUCUGGAGACAGAAAAGGGGAAUGUAUUAGCACAACUUGUACUCUAGAAGGUAGAAAUAUAUUGAAAACACUUAGACAAGCAAACAUGUAUGUUGUUCUUUAAUGAACUUGAUUUCCUUUGAAAGCAGAGAUCUUCAAUAUAAUAAAGGAUGCCUUAAAAAUGUUACUUCAAAGACAUCUUUUGUAACGAUACCUAAACAUGAAUGGCCUUUGAUGUGCUUUUUAUAAAAGGCAGAAGAGAAAAGUAUCAGUGACUGAAAUUGUGUACAGUACGUAUAUCAAAAUAGAGAAUUUUCUGUUCAGAAAGUGAUGCAUUAAUAAGUUGUUUAAUCUUCAUUUAUAUGUUUGCUGUUUUAAAUCUAUGGCAUGAGUAGCUAUUGUUAGGUAUUAUGAUGUGUGUAUUAAAAAUAUAUAUAUGAAUGCAACUGUAAAUUCAAGAGGUUAUAUUUUGAAUAAUUGAUGAUUAUUCAUCAAAUUAUUGAAUAAAUAAUGAAGAUAAAGUUUUAAACCAUGGUUACAUUCAUAUCAGAAAUUACUUUCUAAGACUGUGUCUGGAUUUUGGAAUUUUAGGUUAUAGCUUUACAUUCAUAAAUGGAUAACUGUGUAUAAUAUGUUUGCUUAUCUGUGUCUAUUAGUUUGUCUAUACUGUGGACAGUAUAACUGGUCCUGACCCGUGCCAUGCCCUCUUAAUUUUUUGUCUACACUUUCUUCCUUAAUUACCUGUUUUUAAACCUUCCAUUUUGUUUACUAUUUCUUUCCCCCCUUUCAUUUUUACCUCCUCUUUUCAUUCUUAUCUCUAGUUUUUCUUGUUCAUUUUUCUACUUGUAUUCCUUCCCCUUCUUGCCAUUUCUUCCUUCCAUCCUGCUGCCCCUUCAAGUUCAUCUAUCCCCUCCCAGCCUGCUGUCCCCUCCCAUCAUCCGGCCCCAUUUUAUCCACCUAUCCCCUCCCUUGCACUUAUUACCUCUAUCCUCUCCAAUCCCAUCCCAGUGGCAUUCAAGUACUGAAUAAGUAGUUGAGUACAAAAAUGAGAAUUGUGAUAUGAACAGAUAAGAAAAUAAACAUGUGUAGACAACGUUAGUUUGUGUUGCAUUAGUUUAAGAAAUUGAGAAUUAUUGUAAACGUUUACAUAGGAAACUAAGAUUAUAAAAAGUAAUAACUUAGAGAAAUAAGAUAUUGUAUAUGCACUGAUAUUAACUGCUUGCACCCCAAAAUGAAAUGAGUUGGAAGAGGUAGUGGGGGGUGGAUAUAUCAUGUGGUUAAGCAGUGAUAGACACAAAUUUGGGAUUUGUAUAUAGAGACGAGAGUAUAGUAUAAUGGGUGCUUAAAGGAAAAGCGUGUGAUCAAGGGGGGGUCAGUAUAAAAUAUGUUCCUGUAGAUUUCAUGUAUUUGAGUUUGCUCAGAAAGUUAACAUGAUUCUAGAACUGAUAUAAGUUCACUUUCAGAUACUUUUAUUAUAUUUAAAUUGUGUUUCAACACUUGUGUUAUUCCUAUUUGCACUUGUAUGUUUAUUUUUGUAGUUUUCAUGCUUAAAAUCUUAACUGUGUAAGUCUAUUUUCUUAUGCCCAUAUUAUUAUUAUUAUUAUUAGUCAGUUUUAGUGUCACAUUGUGACAUUGAAAUCUGGAUUGUAUUAUUUAGGUCCCCUUCCUGAAUUUUGUAAUUUAGCAUAUUUCACUAAAUUAUUUUAUUUAUAAUUUUUGAUUGGAAGCCAUACACCAUGAAUUUCAUGUUAUUUUAACACAUAAAUAACAUGUUGUAAUGUAAUUACAUAAGCAAAAAUAAAUGCCAUACUGUCUAUAGGAAAAUAUUGGCCAUAUGCUCUUCAAAGAUAGCUCCUUCACUUAUUAAGGAACAUCUCUUCUAAAUGAAAAACUACUGAAUUUAGGUUUAAUUACAAUAUGCUAAAUGAAUUCCCUAUAGCACUUAACUUAUAAUGUGUUGCCCAUUUAGCAACAGCUUUAAAAAUGCAUUUCAUCCAAUAUAAAGGAGCUAGUUCUGCCUGUACCAUCCAUACUCUCCCUUUUCCCCACUCUUGGUGGUCAAAUUUCACAGAGUGAAAUAAUUUCAGCUUUUCAUAUGACAAAUAUCUAUCAGGAGACUGUAAGGAAUUUUCACCAUUAUUUUCCAGCCUCUAAAUAUUUGUAAAAUGUAUUGUUAUGAAUUCCUUAACAGUGAAUGAACUCUCACUUCAACUUAAUAGUGGCCAAAAAUAUAACAAAAAACAAGAUUUAAUAGGAAAAUGUGAUCUAAUUAAUAUUUUAAGAAACAAUGGUCUUGCAGGCAUUUUCACUGACAUUUCCAGCACCUCCACUUAAGGAUGUUAUUUUGGUAUUUAGCUGUAAUAUGAGAAAGAACUUAAGUUAUUUUCAUUGGUAAUUACUUUUUAUAACCGGUACAGUACUGGUAUCUGGAAAAGCUACAAUCCAUUGGUGAGUGUGAAUGAUGCCAAGUCAAUCCUUGAAUACUGUAUACAGGCAGUUUCAUAAGCAAGGCAAGGUAAGGGAAGUUUCUUUAUGUACUGUAGUAUCAUUAGACAAUAACUAUUAGUCAUUUUAUGUUUACUGUAACUUUUCACCAUGUGGCGCUUUCCCCAUCUCCUUUGCUUCCCUUCGGCCUCUUUCCUUCCUCAUCCUUCUACUGUAUUGGGAAAAAAUUAAAUACAGUACCACUGUACAUGAAAAGCUUCUAUAGUUUCACAUUCAAAAUAUAAAAAGGUCAAUGUAUGCAGUUGGUACUUAUGUUAAAGUUCAUACAUACAACACUUUUACAAACCUGUAUUUUGUGGAUCCCAACGGCCAUAAAUUUUGACAGUGUUAUUAAAUAGAGUAAUUUAAGUUCUUAUAGUACUAUAAAUGAAGUCAGUAUUUAUAUAUAUACAAGAGUUCUUACAUUCUUAUACAUCCACUAGCAUGUGUAGCAUUUCGGGAAGGUCCUUAGUCCUAAUACUCCCCGGAAUAUGACCCGCCAAAUUGUUUAACAACCAGGUACCCAUUUUACUGUUGGGCAAACAGAGGCUACAGUUAAGGAUUGAGUGUAGAUACGUAAAUACGCCCAGUAAAUCCUCCCCGGCCAGGAUACGAAUCCAGGACAAAGCGCUUGCGAAACGCCAGACAAGUGUCUUAACCACUACGCCACGGGGACUGCAAGUACUGUAUAGUGUUCUGUAGUAUAACAAUGAGAUUCAAAAUUCAGUGACUGUUCAAUACAACACUUAUUUUUUGUGUGCUGGAUUUUUAUUUGGUUUUAUGUAUUUUUGAAGUUGCUAUAAAAAUGUUAUAUUUCUAUUAUGUUACUUCUUUGGCUCUAACAUACUUAAGCUCUGUUUCAUAUCACAGAGUCACAGGUCUGUAUGGAGUGUUCUUUAAAUUCUCUUUUAGUGUCUUAUAUAGAGUGAUAACAAUUUUAGUACAGUGUUUCCUAAAAAAUCUGGAUCUGUAUAGAAUAAAUUUUUCUGAACAACAGAUCAGAUCUGGCCACUGGACUGCUCCAACAAAACUUAAAUUUUUAA